CGUCCACUGUUGCUGCUGUGUACCAGAACAUCGUAGCACACACUCCAGCGACACGUACAACAACAGUUAUUACGACGUCGUGUACGAUCAAACUAUGCUACGUCUGUGUAAACACUGAAGAAAUACAAUGCGGUCUAUUAUUUUAAUCGUAAAUGUAUUUAUACAUUUGAUAUGCACAAACACUCAGAGGCCUGGAGGCGCAUAUUAUAGAGAAGGAUAUUUCAAUAGUUCAUCAUGGUUAAAUUUAUUUCCUCCCAUUUCAUUGUACAAACACAUAGGAUUCAGCUUUAGGACAUGUUCUGGAGGACAAAUAUUCUCACAAAUACAAGACUUGCCUUAUACUCAAAUUUCAGUGGAUGUUUUUCAUGAUGGCUUGUUAUUCACUACAUUUCUCCAAAACAAACAUUUUGAAUCUAAAAUCCAGGGGAAUUUUUUUGAUAAUUCUUGGCAUAAUUUUAAUAUGAUUUAUAAGCUUGGAGAAUUAACAAUUUCUAUUGAUGGCUCACAACAAGUUAUCGCAAAUUCAACAUUUAAUUCAGAAAUCUUAAAUUCUGAAAUUACUACUGACCAAUCUAGAUUAAGAGUAGGAGGUGGUUUUGAAGGUUGUUUAUUAGAAGGCCCAAAUUUUAUUUUUAAUUCAUCAUUAAAUCAAGCUUAUAAAGUUGUUUGGGGAAAUUGUCCUUUAAAAAAUCAGUCAUGCACGGAUAUCGAUUACUGUUUUCAUGCUCCUUGUAUGAUGCAUGGAGUAUGUGUUCCUAGGCAAAAUAAAUACCAUUGUAUCUGUCAUCCUAGAUAUUCUGGAAAUAAUUGUGAAAUCGAUAAUGGAUCUCCAUGUUUAAAAAAUAAUAAUCGUUGUAUACAUGGUCUAUGUGAAGAAAUAAAAUAUGGUGAAGAUUUUAUAUGCCAUUGUGAUCAAGGAUUUACUGGUAAAUUUUGUGAAAUCGAAUUAUCUGCACAUGUUUGUGAUAAUAAUCCAUGUAGAAAUAAUGGUACAUGUAAAUUAACACCAGGAGGAAAAAGUUAUGAAUGUAGUUGUGCACCAGGAUUUAAAGGAGAUGACUGUGAAAUAAAUAUUAAUGAAUGUUUGUCAAGUCCUUGUCAACACGGAGGUAUAUGUAUUGACGGUGUAAAUAAUUAUACAUGUGCUUGUAGUAAAACUGGGUAUAAAGGAAUAAAUUGUGAAACAAAUAUUAAUGAGUGUGAAAUAAAUCCAUGUUUCAAUCAUGGUGUUUGUUUUGAUAACUAUGGAAGUUAUACUUGCCAGUGCCAAUCGGGAUUUGGAGGAAUCAAUUGUGAAAUAGAUUUAAAUGAAUGUAUAUCAAAUCCUUGUCAAAAUGGUGGCCAAUGUAGAGAUAAAGUUGGAGCAUAUGAAUGUCGUUGUGCUCUAGGUUUUGUCGGUAGAAAUUGUGAAAUUGAUGUGGACGAUUGUGAAACUGCUGUAUGUCCAAUAAACUCAAUUUGUGUUGAUGGUGUAGCAUCACAUUCAUGUCAUUGUAAAUCAGGAUUUACCGGUAUUCCUCCUAAUUGCACUGAAAUAACAGUCUGUAGUAGCCAUCCUUGUCAAAAUGGAGGUUCAUGUGGUGUAUUGCCAAAUGGCCAAUUUAAUUGUUCAUGUACAUCAGGAUACACAGGCGCUUUUUGUGAGCAUGGUAUUAUAGUGGCUCGUUCGCAUGCUGAUGAUGGUUGUAAGAUCACACCUUGUAUGAAUUCUGGCACAUGUAUAUCCCAAGGAUCUAAUUAUGAAUGUAAAUGUCCUACUGGCUUUACUGGUCGAAAUUGUGAAAUGACUAUGACUAUAAAAUGUAAUUCAGACCCUUGUCAGCAUUUUGUGUCUUGUCAUGAUUAUGCUGGUGGGUACUAUUGUGAAUGUGAACCUGGUUGGUCUGGGCAACAAUGUAAUCAACGUGAUCCUGGUCAUGCUUGCAGUCCAAACACUUGUACUCAUGGUGGGACUUGCAUUCCAUUAGGAGGACAAGCUGAUAGUUUUCGUUGUGAUUGUCCCCCAGGUUUUACUGGUCAGACAUGUCAAAUAGAUAUUGAUGAGUGUAUGUCUAAUCCAUGUUUAAACGGUGGAAUAUGUCAUGAUCUUAUUAAUGGUUUUCGGUGUAACUGUACCGAUAACUAUAUGGGUGCUUACUGUCAAUUACCAUAUGAUGCUUGUACUAAAAAUCCUAGCCCUUGUUUGAAUAAUGGUACUUGUUUACAUAAGACUUCCUCACUUAAAGAUUAUUACUGCAAGUGUUCUCCAGGAUUUGAAGGUAAAAAUUGUGAAGUAAAUAUCAAUGAAUGUUUAAUGGGAACUUGUCCAAUUGGAAAAGUUUGCAUUGAUGGUAUUAAUACUUAUGAGUGCAAAUGUCCUGAAGGAUAUACAGGAGAAAAUUGUUCAAAGUUAUUAAACGAUUGUCGAGAUCGUGUUUGUAAAAAUAACUCUACUUGUACAGAAAGUUCUGAUGGUUAUACUUGUCAUUGCACACCCGGUUUUACAGGUAUAAAUUGUGAUCAAGAUAUAAACGAAUGUGAGGUCAACAAAGAAGUAUGCAACUAUGGAAUUUGUGUUAAUACUAAUGGGAGUUAUCAAUGUUUUUGCCGUCCAGGAUUUUCUGGUGACAAUUGUGAUGUAGAUUUUGAUGAAUGUUUGUCACAACCUUGUUAUAAUGGUGCUACAUGUGAGAAUAAAAUUAAUGGUUUUAAUUGUAUUUGUCCUCCAGGGUAUUCUGGUAAAGUUUGUAAUAUUGAUGUCGAUGAAUGUAACUCAAAUCCUUGUUUUAACGGUGCUACUUGUAUUGAUAAUAUUGCAUCUUUUUCAUGUUCUUGUCCGAUUGGCUUUACUGGAAAGCUCUGCGAAACAGAUAUUGAUGACUGUGAAUCUUCUCCGUGUCAAAAUAUGGGCUUAUGUAUUGACAGACUUAACAGUUAUGAUUGUAAUUGUACUAAUACAGGAUUUGAAGGAAAUCACUGUGAGUUGAAUAUAAAUGAUUGUAUACAUAACCUAUGUGAGAAUAAUGGCACGUGUAUAGAUGGAAUAAAAGACUAUUCUUGCAAGUGUUAUGCUGGUUAUACAGGAAAAAAUUGUGAAGUUGAUAUAAAUGAAUGUGAAAGUAAUCCUUGCCAAUUUGGGGGCACUUGUCUUGAACACUCUAAUAUAUCAUUAUACAAUCAAAAAGAUAACAAUAACUUAUCAGCAAUAUUUCAACAAGAGUUCAAUUAUGCUACGGCUAAUGGAUUUGAAUGUUUAUGUUUACCUGGUACAACGGGUAUUAAAUGUGAAAUUGAUAUUAAUGAAUGUGAAAGCAGUCCAUGUCUUUUUGGUCAAUGUGAAAAUAGAAUUGGUGGUUAUAUAUGUACAUGUGAAGAUGGUUAUGAAGGCGUAUAUUGUGAAAUUGACAUUAAUGAAUGUGAAAGAUUCAAACCUUGUGAUCAUGGCACUUGCAUUGAUCGCCGUGCUGGUUACUAUUGUGAUUGUAUACCAAAGUAUGGUGGUAAAAAUUGUUCUGUUGAAUUAUUUGGAUGUCAGGGUCCACAACCAUGUUUAAACAAUGGAACUUGUAGACCAUAUUUGUUUGAUGAGACUGAACAUCGCUAUAAUUGUACUUGUCCAUAUGGAUUUCAUGGUCAUAUAUGUGAUAAAACAACUACUAUGUCACUAACUGGUGAGUCUCGUAUUGUGGUCAACACCACUAGAGAUGAAGGCUAUGACAUAUCAUUUAGAUUUAAAACAACAUUACCAAAUGGUCUAUUAGCAAUUGGUGGUGGAUCUACAUUUUACAUAUUAGAAUUGGUUAAAGGCCGUUUGAAUUUGCAUUCAAGUUUGUUAAAUAAGUGGGAAGGAGUAUUUAUUGGUUCUGAACUUAACAACAGCCAAUGGCAAAAGGUUUUUGUUGCUAUUAAUUCAUCACAUUUAGUAUUGUCUGCAAAUGAAGAACAAACUAUUUACCCUAUUAGUUUAAAUGAAGGAGCUAAUCCUACACAUACUAGUUUCCCUACUACAUAUGUUGGUGGAACUAUUUCAAAUUUGAGGCUUUUACCUCACGGACCUCCAUUCUUUAUUGGCUGUAUUGAGAAUCUGCUUAUAAAUGGACAAUGGGUUUUACCAGAUGAUAAAGUAGGUUCAACUAUAGGUUUAACUAAUGUUGAUAUUGGAUGUCAAAGAGAUGACCAAUGCUUUCCCAAUCCAUGUCAUAAUAUUGGUCAUUGUACUGAUUUAUGGAAAACAUUCAGUUGUACAUGUGAAAGACCAUAUCUUGGAAAUACUUGUCAAUACAGUUUCCCAGCUGCAACAUUUGGUCAUGAAAAUAUCACUAAUAGUCUUGUCACAGUAAACGUAUAUGCUGUUGCCAAACGAGCUGUUAGAAAUAUUGUGGAUAUAUCAAUGUUUAUUCGAACACGUCAAACACGAGGAGCUAUAUUUUAUUUAGGAUCUAUGCCAGGAAUGGUUACAUUUUCUGAAGAAACUCAUAUUGCAGCUGAACUUGAAGGUGGUGAACUAUUAGUUAGAAUACAAUUUAAUGCCACUCCUGAAUCAUACACUGUUGGAGGGGUAAAACUAGAUGAUGGACAUGACCAUUUAAUACAAGUUGUUCGUAAUAUAACAUUAGUUCAAGUAAAAAUCAAUGGAACAGAAUAUUUUAGAAAAACUAUAAGUGCAACAGGUCAACUUGAUGUCCAAGUUUUAUACUUGGGAGGUUUUCCAUCUUCUAAACCAUCAAGGCGUGAUUUAUCAGACCCAUUAAUUGUUAUGGAUAACAUUUUACCUCGUCCUAAUACUAUAGAACGACAUAUUCGUCAAACAACAGCUGAUAAGUUUGAUGGAAUACCUCAUUUUAAAGGAAUAAUUCAAGAUGUACAGAUAAGCAAUGGAUCUCAAAUAAUGGUUGUUGAGUUUUAUCCAUUAGGAAUUGAAAAUAAAGACUUAGUUGUACCAAAAGCAUUUGGUAGUGUAUCAUUUAAUCGAAAUGAAAUUGCACAAGGUGUUUUGUCUGAUAAUACAUGCCGUUCAGAACCUUGUCAUAAUGAUGGAGUAUGUUCAGUAACCUGGAAUGAUUUUACAUGUAAAUGUCCAUUGGGUUAUAAAGGAAAACAGUGUCAAGAAAUGGAAUUUUGCCAACUUCAAGAUUGUCCUUUGGGCAGUGAAUGCAGAAAUUUAAAUCAUGGAUAUGAAUGUGUUGCCAAUAUUACAUUAGAUAGUCGAAAUACUACUGAGCCACUUUUACAGUACAGCUUUAUUAAAGGACAACAGGUUAUUCCAUUAACUCAUAUUGAAGUCAGUUAUCGAACUAGAACUGGUGGAACAAUCAUGUAUGUAUCCAACAAGAAAAAAAUCAGUGAUUCUGAGUUUACGUUCUUCACUAUGAUUGCUUAUAAAGAUCGGUUUAUAAUUGCAUGGAAAUUGGAAAAAGAUAGUUCCAUUAGUACUAAACAAGUGCACAAAGACUAUUUAGAUUCCGAGUGGACAACUAUUGUUUUCAAAUUAGCUGAUAAUAAAAUUCAAGGUGGUUUGGUUGGUGCGAUAGAUGACACAAAUCAGUUCCUUAUUGCUGGAAAUUUCUCAUUAUCCAACUGGAUUGAUUUAAUUACAUCAAAUACCAUACUUAUAGGAAGAGGAGAACGCUAUCAUGAUAUAAUAGGAAAUAAUGUUGAACAUGCGACAUAUUUGACUGAUGCAGAUACAAAUUCAUUAGAUAUAGUUGAUUCUGACUCAAAAUUGAAUUUUGAAGAUGCAAUGCAACAUGAUGUACCUUCUGUGGGAGGAUUUUAUAAGGGUUGUCUUGGAGAAAUAAGAAUUGGUGGUUUGUUGUUACCUUAUUUUACACCAUCUCAACUUAAUACCAACAAUCAAACCGAUCAUUUUGUGAUGUUAUCACAUAAUUCAAUCAUUGAACAUUUUGAUUUAGAUUGUUUGCUUUGCUAUGACUCUGAAUGUAAAAAUGAUGGAAGAUGUAAAGAAGCUACUGAGUCCUAUGUUUGUGAAUGUCAACCUGGUUAUGAAGCUGACGACUGCUCUGUAAAUAUUAAUGAGUGCUUGUCUAAUCAAUGUAAAAAUGGAGCAGAGUGCAUUGAUGGAAUUGCCAAUUAUACAUGUCAUUGUAAUGCUGGUUGGACAGGCACAUUCUGUGAAAUUGAUAUUAAUGAAUGUGAAUCCAGCCCAUGCCACAACAAUGGUAUUUGUAUCGAUCAGUUAGGUAAAUUUGAAUGUAAUUGUACAGAUGACUAUGAAGGAGUAACGUGUGAACAAUUAAAGCUUAUUACUUGUGAUAAUCUACCAUGUAAAAAUGGUGCUGAUUGUUUUAAAAUUCCAGAUCAAUUUGGUAAUAAUUAUACCUGCUCAUGUUUAGAGGGAUUUUCAGGCUCAACUUGUGACACAGCAUUCUGUGAUAUUAAUGAGUGUCAGAAUAAUGGUUUAUGUAAAAAAGAGGAAUCUCCUUUCUGUGAAUGUCCAGUGGGCUUUAAAGGACAUCUUUGUGAGCAAAAUAUUGAUGAUUGUUUGGAUAAUGGCAAUCAACAAAAAUGUCAGCACGGUGGACAAUGUAUUGAUGGUAUUAAUGAAUUUACUUGUAAUUGUACAGAAACUGGAUAUACAGGCGAUGAUUGCAGUAUUGAUAUUGAUGAAUGUUUCGAUCUUAAUAUACAAUGUGGUCACCGUGGAGAAUGCAAGAACACACCAGGUUCUUUUAUUUGUCUAUGUGAAAAAGGAUAUUGUGGACAUCUUUGUGAUUUGAAUAAUCCUUGUUUACUGGAAAAUCCUUGUCAAAAUGGAGGUUUUUGCCAAGAACAUUGCACUGAUGUAAUAGUCUAUGAAUGUCAGUGUGCCAAUGGUUAUGUUGGACAAAAUUGUACUGAGUUGCCUAUCAUUCAUAACUAUGCAGAUAUAGCAUUAAUUGUUGGUCCAAUAUUACUUAUUCUACUUAUUGGUGGAAUGGGCAGUUUGCUUGUACUAUUAAUGAUGGCACGAAAAAAAAGAGCCACACGAGGUACUUAUAGCCCAAGUUGUCAAGAGUAUUGCAAUCCUAGAGUUGAAUUAGACAAUGUUCUGAAACCACCACCGGAAGAACGACUUAUCUAAUUAUUAUUUUAUUUUUUUUUUAAACUAUUUUAAGAACAAUUAUUCAAUAAGUUAUAAUAUUUUAUACAUUUUAACAGUUUAUGAAUUUUAUUUUAACUAUAUUAAUGAUCUCUUUAUUUUUGUUUAGCGGCCAUUUUGUACACUUCAUUAAAUUCAUCAUACAUUUUAUGAUUUUUAUUUAAAUUAUAAUUUUUCCAAUAUUCUGUUUCUACUUAUGUAUAUUUAACAAAUUAGUUGAUUAUCAUCCAACUUAAUGCAAUGAAGUUUUUUUUUUAUUUAUACUUAUUUAAUAGUAUAAAAUUUUUUUUAUAUCAAUUCUUAUAAACAAUUAUUGAUGAUUUAUAAUAGAAAAAGUAUUACAUUGAUUAAGCUUAUUUAGGAUAAUUCAAGUUUCAUAGAUUUCAGUUCCAUACCCAUUAAUGAAACUAUAUUAAAAUAUAUUUUCAUUUAAAAAAUAUAUAGUUUAAUAGUUUUGUACAGUAUUUUUAAAAAUAAUUCUGUUAUAUAAUAAUGAUGCACUUUGAAUUGAGACAUUUAAUAUAUAUAUAUAUAUAUAUUGAUUUUAAAUAUUUAAACUUCAAAAGUUGGAACAAAGUAUUUACUUACUGGUUUUUGUAAUUUUUAUAUUAUUAUUAUGCACUACUAAAUAUUAUUUUUUUAUGUUAGAUGUAUUUAAAUUGAAUAACUUAUUUUUAAGUAGAUGGUGUAUUUAUUUACAAUUUGUAUUUCAACUAAAACAGAUCAAUUUUUUUAAACUUUAUUUUAUUUUAAUUAUAGUCUGGUAGUUACUUCCAUAAAUAUUAAUUUGUAUUAUAAUUUUUGAAUGAACAUUUUCAGCUCUCUUUAAUAAUUAUUAUGUAACCAUCUUUAUUUUUAUUGAUUUAUUUUCAUCCUAUUUAUUGUAAGAAACAUAAAGUAUAAAGCAAUCUGAUGUAUUGAGCAUCAUAAAAUAUUAAAUUGUAUCUCUUAACUGAUAUUGCAUUUGUAUGGUGUUCAAUAUUAAUUGGUCUUUUUAUUAUAAAAAGAGAGCUUGCCCAUAAACUUUUUUUUACAUUAUGUUAUAUGCUUACUUAAUAGUGUUAAUCAUAUUUUUGUGAUAUAAUCCGUGAAACUAUACAUUGUAUUUAAUUGUAUUUUUAGGGUUUAAUUAUUCCGUCCACAGUUAAUUGUGUAACAACAGGGUAGUUGUAAAAUUUAUAUAAUCCCAUACACUUUUUGAACAGAUUUAAUUUUUUGAUACACACAAAUUAAAAAGGUAUAAAGUAGAUUGUAAUGUUAAAAACAAUUGUGUGCCCUCAACAUUCAGUAACCUGUAAAGAUUAGUAUGAAAUAUAUUUAUUUGUAUUGUAUUAUAUUUAUUGUUUGCUAUUUUGUGGUAUUUCUGAUUUCUUUAACCCCUCUUAAUAGUGUUGAAUUAAAUUAAAUCUGUUUGAAAAAUGUGUGUUACAUAUUUAAUAAUAUGUUAUAUUUCAAACAAUAUACUUGGUGUAAGUGUAUGUAUUAUUUUUUUUUUUGGUGAAACUACACUCACUAUAAAUGUGCAGUGUGUACCCAUUGUAUAUUUUUUAUCAGUAUUAUAUGCCAUUUUAUGAAAAUCAAUUAAACACAAUUAUUUUUAUCAAAUUAUAAUUUUUUUAUAUUCUUGAAAUAUUUUUGGAAUAAAUUGUGUUUAAUAUUAUUUUGUAUUAAUUUGGCAACGUUUAAAGUAAUAUUCAUAUUUUAAAAUUGGUUUUUUUUUCAAUCAUUUAAUUACCACUAUCAGUGUAUACAAUUUUUAUGUAAAAUAAACAUUUCAAAUAAUAAUCAUGUAAAA